AGAUUGAAAGCAGCACUGGCCCAAGUACUACAUUCUCAUUGCAGAUACCGAUUUUCCCACCUGAUAAUCUUUGUUUCUUAAUCAUAUCUUUCAAUUCUGCAGAGUCUAAGCCAUUGGUUGGUUGAGUGAUCUUCUGUCUUCCGGGCAUAUGCAUGGGCUAAAGAACUUAUUUUGUUAAUCAUAUCUUAAAGACCUGAAGGAAUCUUAGUUGUUCAACAUUUUCAGCCACCCACAAACGAAAAGGUGACUUGGGCAAAUUGCGGAAAUGGAAAGCCUGGGGUCAAUUGUUGAGAACCGUUAAAAGCAGCUAAAGCAAAGCAACCACAAAAGCUAGCAAAGCUUGAAUUUUGCUCACAUCUUACCAAAACUUUCCUCUUCACUCUCCACCUUUCCUCUUUCCCCACUUUUCCUUAGCCCCUAAGUCUUCUUUUCUUCUUCUUCUUUCUUCUUCUUUCUUCUUCUUUUCUUCUUCUUCUUUCUUCUCCUUCUUCUUCCUCCUUCUUCUUCUGCUUCUUCUUCUUCUUAACUUUGUUGCAGUGUCACGGUUAAGGAGAUCUUCAAUGGCAGAGAUAGACCCUUACAACAAUUCCCAACAGCUAGUUUCAGAGAUAACCUCAACAACCCCACAAAACCAAGCCAACCCAAGUAAGUUCUAUUCAGGCUUUCUAUACAAAGCUCUCAUUGUUACACUUUUUCUUGCAAUUCUCCCACUGUUACCCUCACAAGCACCUGAAUUUAUCAACCAGACUGUAUUCAACAGAAGCUGGGAGCUUCUUCACCUUGUUUUUGUGGGUAUUGCUGUUUCUUAUGGAAUUUUUAGCCGGCGAAAUGAUGAAACAGAGAAGGAAAAUCACUCUAAAUUUGAUAAUGCUCAAUCCUAUGUGUCUAGAUUUCUUCAGGUUUCAUCGGUUUUUGAUGAAGAGGUUGAAAGCCCAAGUGGGUCGGGUGAGAGUAAGGUCCAAACAUGGAAUAGUCAGUACCAUAGGGGUAAACCAGUCGUUGUGGUUACACAGGAAAGCUCUGUUAUUGAUGAGCAGAGCAGUAAGGGGUCGAGAAUUGGGGAAAAGCCAUUGCUUUUGCCUGUUAGGAGCUUGAAAUCGCGUGUUUCGGACCCGGGUGAUGGUGAAUCCGCUAAUGGAGAUGGCGGCAUCUCUCGUUCUCUCAGUUGGUCGAGUUUAAAUUCAGGUUCAAAGAGGUUCUCAAUCAAUCGGAGUACAAUUAAGAACGGGGAAUUGGGAGGUCUGGAUCCUCUAGAACUGGAGAAAAAAUUGGAGCAAAAUGUUGUUCUUCCAUCUCCCAUUCCAUGGAGGUCAAGGUCAGGGAGGACGGAAAUGAAGGAAGAGGUGGAUAGCCCUCCUCUGUAUUCUCUUCCUCCAUCAGUGGAGGAACCUAAAAUCAACAAGCUCGAAUCAAGGUCUUUUAGGUCCCAAAGGUCUGGAUCAUCUCAUGCCAUUUCUGUAUCUUCUUCACCCAAGAAGUUAUCUCCUUCACCAUCAUUUUCUUCACCAAAGAAACUAUCUCUUUCACCCUCUCUAUCAUCAGAAUCCCAAGCCAAGAGUGUGGAAGAUUUUGCAAGGAAGAAGAGCUUCUAUAAGUCUACUCCUCCUCCCCCACCUCCACCCCCACCACCACCACCCACAAUUUCUAGUGUAGCUAGAGGUAGAGUAUCUGGUGAGAAGGAUUUUAAAAGAAGCAUGACAAAUGAACCCAAAGAUUGGAGUAGAAGUGGCAGAGAGGACACCCUGAGAAGAGCAAAUUCAGGAGUGGAAACAAUACCAAGACCCCAAAUUGAUGGCUCACAAAUGGGAAAGUCAUUUAGAACACUUAGAGCUGGUGAACCAGUUGCAGGGAUGAGGAAAGCUGCAGAAGUUGGGGAUGAUGAGAAAAAACCAAAGGAAUUUGCAGGAAAUAUGACACAGAAGACAGGAAGAAAGAGGGUGGCAUUUGAUCAAGUACCAGUAAGGUCAGAGAGGCCAAGUCAUGAAAGCCUCCCUUCUAUGUCAAGGCCAAUCCUCAUGGAAUAUGAGAAGGGAGGGAAGAAAGAGUUUUCGGAAAACGUUUUCUUGGAUUCCGAUGAAGAGUCCAGAAGCAACGAAGAGAGCUCAGACAAUGAUGAGGCUGCCUCUACUAGUGUGGGCGAUGGAAGCCAUGAUGUCAACAAGAAGGCUGAUGAGUUCAUUGCAAAAUUCAGAGAGCAGAUCAGGCUUCAAAGGAUUGAAUCAAUCAAGAGAAGUGCACAGAUCAGUAAAAACCUUUCUAGGUAAACAUGAAGAUCCUUAGACCCUUAGAAUUCAAGAAAGAUGGAUAUGAAAGCUGCUAUCUAGACUCUUGACUUCCUUUUUUCUUUGUUUCAUAUUUUCUAAUUUUACUUGAUAUCAGAGUUGUUUCUUUUCUUUUCUUUUUUCACAUUUAUGGUUGUGGGAUGUAGAGAUUGGCAUUGGAGAAGAGUUUCUGAUCUUGCUCCUUUGUUUCGAUGAUCAUUGUUCUAACUUUUGCAUUACUGUCACUGAGAAAAUGGUCUCUCUUCAGCAAA